AUGGCUACACUUCAAUCACCUAAGAUGGGAUCGAGACAGGCAAGGGGGGAUGGAGAGUCAAGAGAUAUGAUCCUUGGAAAAUAUAUCAAGAUUGAGGAGAUCGGCCGUGGUAGUUUCGCGACUGUCUACCAAGGUAUCCAUAAUAAAUAUCGGUCUUGUGUGGCCAUCAAGGCGGUGAACAUAGGCAAUCUCAACCAGAAACUUAGAGAAAACUUGAAGUUGGAGAUCGAUAUCUUAAAGGGCCUUCAGCACCCUCACAUAGUGGCUCUCAUUGACUGCGACGAAGCGUCGACUUCAUGUAUCCACCUAAUUAUGGAAUUUUGCGCCCUCGGCGACCUCUCCCUCUUCAUCCGCAAGCGCGAUACAUUGGGUAGGCACGAACUCACGCGGGAUAUGAUAGCAAAAUACCCCAACCCUCCCACCGGUGGCUUGAAUGAAGUCGUUGUUCGCCAUUUUCUCAAACAACUUGCCAGUGCCUUGCAGUUCCUACGCUCCCGGGAUCUAAUCCAUCGUGACUUAAAGCCCCAGAAUUUGCUGCUUAAUCCGCCCCCGAGCUCGUAUGCCAAGGGUCUUCUUAAGAUAGUUCCAUACAAGACUAGAGAUGACUCUUACACACCGGUGGCAGGAAUCGAGUCGUUACCAAUGCUCAAGAUCGCCGACUUUGGGUUCGCACGGUCAUUACCGGCUACCUCGCUCGCAGAAACUCUCUGUGGCUCGCCUCUUUAUAUGGCCCCAGAGAUUUUGAGGUACGAAAAGUACGAUGCAAAAGCCGACCUCUGGUCCGUUGGCACUGUCUUGUUUGAACUGGUAGUUGGAAGAUCACCAUUUAGGGCUGGCAAUCAUGUCGACCUGCUCCGAAAAAUUGAACAGGGCGAAGACAAUGUCAGGUUCCCAGCUCAAAUCGAAGUGUCAGCUCCGUUAAAGAAAUUGAUUCGAAGUCUUCUUAAACGGAACCCGGUGGAACGAGUCAGUUUCAGGGACUUUUUUGAGUCGUCUAUCAUCAAAGGAGACAUCCCAGGCCUAGUUGAGGAAGAUCUGCUAGCCCAGAAAGAGCGAGAUUCCCGUGUGGCCCUACAGACUGCACAACGAGAUGCUUUGCCCUCUCGUUCUCAAAGUGAUGGGAGGCUAGAUGAUCGUUCACCCGCUAAACCUCGACCGCCCUCAGGAAAUUUUGGUCGUUUAUCUACAAGCCCAUCUUUACGUCGCGCUGGGAGCCGAGAAAAGCUCGAUCUACAACGUGUAGCGGUUACAGCUCGAAAGGGGAGUGUGCCUUCUGUUCCUGGUUCUCCUAACCGGGAAGAACUCCGUGAUUUCAAUGCAAAGGCAGGGAAUGCGGAGCUUCCAGAACGACCUACUCUAUCAAAAGGCAGAGAUAUGAAAAGAAGAGGCCUAUCUGAGCCGCAGUUUGAUGACAAUACUGUCUCUGAAAGGGAUCGGGCCGCGCAGGAUGUGGCGUUCGAGCGCGACUACGUUGUGGUAGAGAAAAGAGCGGUGGAGGUCAAUGCCUUUGCUGAUGAACUAGCUGCAAGCCCCCGUUUCCAACAACAACAUCAACAGGCGAUAACAAAACAAACUGGAGCUAUUGUUCGCCGUGCAACUACCACCGCCACCCCUCAGUCAUCCACCCCUCCUCGUGAUGCUGUGUCCCGGGGAGUGGUUGGUGCUUACAACAGGCAGCGCUCGGGGUCUUCGCACCAACGUCACAAUUCGUAUGAUCGAAGAUAUGGGCCGAGUCCGACGUCCGCAACGUCGGCCAUUUCCAAAGCACUCAAUAUGGCUAGUGGACGGCUUUUUGGUGUCAGCUUUUCUCCUCCCUUAGCUUUAACCAAAGCUGGAAGAUCGCCUCCUUUAGGAUAUAAUGCGUUUCCUGCGUAUCCGCUUGCUCAGGGUAGCCUUGUCGUUGUUGGGGAUGGAGCUAAAGUUCAGCCUCCACUGGACGAGGAUACCAAAGUCUUGCAUAUAAUUGAGGAAAUCGCAACCCGUAGCGAUGUCGUCUAUGGAUUUGCCGAAGUGAAAUAUAAACAGCUGGCUCCUCUAACUCCUUCUAUGCAAGCCGACACUGCCAUCAAACCCGUGAUCAAUCCCGAAACGGCGGAAAUAGCUGGAUCUAGCGAUACUGGGCUGACGGUUGAUGCCACGUUCACAUUGUCAGAAGAAGCUCUUGUGCUUUAUGUGAAAGCCCUCUCAUUACUGGCUAAAUCAAUGGAUAUUGCCGGAGCAUGGUGGGCCCGUAAAAAUCGCGGGGAGACUAUUGCAACUCUACCAAGCGUAAAUGUCGGACACCGGGUGAAUAAUGUAGUGCAAUGGGUCCGAAACCGCUUCAACGAAGUACUUCAAAAGGCUGAAUAUUCACGACUCAGGUUAUUAGAUGCCCAGAGACAGAUCCCCGCUAACCACGCGUAUCAAGUCGGCCAUGUUGGGCGUAUGUCUGUGGGAGGCCUUGCUCAUUCCUCAGACCAAGUUAUCAUCAGCUCUGGGAUCACGGCGGAGAGAUUGAUGUAUGAUAGGGCCCUUGAGAUGUCCAGGACAGCUGCAAUUAAUGAACUUACCGGUGAAGACCUUCCUGGUUGUGAGAUCGCGUACAUGACCGCGAUACGGAUGCUAGAGGCUGUCCUGGAAAGCGACGAGCUUCCUCAAUUAAGCAGUGAUCGCUCGAGUGAGGCUACAAAUACGAUGUCCAGUGAAGAAAUCGGGGAGAUCAAUGGUAUACAAGGUGAAGACCGGGAGGUCGUGACUAAGUUAUACGUGUUCGACUUACAGCCUUGA